UUGAUCAGCGGCUUUGCUGGCGGUUAAGUCGGUUGGUAACGGUAGACGGUGUUGACGCUAAACAACAACAACAGCAAAAACAACAACAACCACAAGGUGGUUAACUCUAAGCCACACAAAAACAGAAAAUUAAAAACUAGCUCAACCUCCGCCUCAUAAUCAACAAAGUCAUCAUGAAUGGCCCCAAACAUAAACUGUGCACAAAACUAUCCUCCACAUAUCUAAGGAAAUGGUGGAUCACAAUUGCCCUUGCCUCCAUAUUGAUAAUUGGCGGCAUUGUUGUGGCAUGUGAAUUUUCUGUUUUAAUAAAUGCAAUCGUCGAUCGUAUGGUUGCAUUACGGCCAGGAGCCAAAACCUUUGGCUGGUGGGCCAAGCCACCAGUUGAACCAAAAAUCAGUUUAUACGUCUAUAAUGUCACCAAUGCCGAUGAUUUCCUAAGCAAUGGCUCCAAGGCCAUUGUGGAUGAAGUGGGUCCCUAUGUUUAUACCGAAACCUGGGAGAAGGUAAACAUAGUGGAGAACGACAAUGGAACUUUGAGCUACAAUUUACGCAAAAUCUACACAUUCCGUGAAGAUUUGUCAGUGGGGCCCGAAGACGAUGUGGUCAUAGUGCCCAAUAUUCCCAUGUUGAGUGCCACUUCACAGAGUAAACAUGCCGCCAGAUUUCUACGCUUGGCCAUGGCCAGUAUAAUGGAUAUAUUGAAAAUCAAACCAUUUGUCCAAGUAUCUGUGGGCCAAUUGCUUUGGGGCUACGAGGAUCCCUUGCUUAAACUAGCCAAGGAUGUGGUGCCCAAGGAACAGAAACUGCCCUAUGAAGAAUUUGGUUUGAUGUAUGGCAAGAAUGGCACAUCAUCCGAUCGCAUUACAUUGCACACUGGUGUUGAUGAUAUCAAUAAAUAUGGCAUCAUAGAUAAAUUCAAUGGUCGCACCCAUUUGCCGCACUGGACUACAGAUGAGUGCAAUCGCUUGAAUGGCACAGACGGCUCCAUUUUCCCACCUCACAUCGAUCAUGAUCGUGUUUUGUAUGUCUACGACAAGGAUUUGUGUCGCCUGCUGCCUUUGGUCUUCGAACAGGAGGUUAUGACCAGCAAUGAGGUGCCCGGAUAUCGUUUCACUCCACCUGAAUGGGUCUUCCAAGAUGUUGAUCGUCAUCCCGACAACAUGUGCUUCUGUCCGGCUGGUCAGCCAUCAUGUUCGCCCAAUGGAUUGUUCAAUGUGUCAUUGUGUCAAUAUGAUUCCCCCAUCAUGCUAAGUUUCCCGCAUUUCUAUUUGGCCGACGAUAGUCUGAGGACCCAAGUAGAGGGUAUUUCACCACCGCAAAAGGAGAAACAUCAAUUCUUCUUCGAUGUGCAACCUAAAAUGGGAACCACAUUACGCGUGCGGGCACGUAUCCAAAUCAACUUGGCCGUCAGCCAGGUCUUUGACAUCAAACAGGUGGCCAAUUUCCCAGAUAUUAUAUUCCCCAUACUGUGGUUCGAGGAAGGCAUCGAUAUGCUGCCCGAUGAGGUUACCGAUCUGAUGCGCUUCGCUGAGCAAGUGCCACCAAAGAUACGCGUGGGUCUAAUUGUGGCUCUCUGUGCUCUGGGUGUGGCCCUGUUGCUGUUAUCGACCUUCUGUCUCAUACGAAACUCACAUAGACAGAGUACAUUGCAUUUGGAGGGUUCCAAUUAUUUGGCGACUGCCCAGGUCGAUAUGAAUAAGAAACAGAAUAAGGAUAACACAAAUAACCAACAGCCAGCGGGCAGAUACUAGGCGAAACGAAGCAGGAAGAUGAUGUUGAAACGAUGAAAGGAUUCAAAAAGGAUGCAGGAUGCAGUAGCUAGUAGUUUUGAUAAGUUAUAGCUAGGAAACGAGCCGAGUCGCAUGUGUUUUGUGUUAGUAGUCUAGAACAAAUGGAGCUGGGAAGACUUGUAUGUACUAUUUUGUAUUUGUGUAUUUGAUAUACUACUUACUUAUGUGUAUGAAAUUAUUGUGUAUGUAUGUUGUACUUAGUUCUAGUAAGUAAUAUCGUUAUAAAAAAAACAAAAAAUCCCAUUCAAAUUUGAUGUGUAACACCUUAGGUCUUCCAACCAACCAAAAAAAAAAAAAGAAAAACAAAAAGAGAAAUUAAAAAAUCAAUGGUCAUCAAAUUUCAAGUCACACAAAAAAAAAAAGGAAAAGAAUUUCAGUCACAAAAAAUAGCUUGAUUCCGUCCUCCAGCACACAUAUAAAUGUGCUUCAUUAGACCAAAAUCAGCUGGGACAAACUUCCACAUCAGAAGCAAUUAUGAAAUCUAUAAAAAAGAAAUAUAUACCUAAUAUAUAUAAAUAUAAAUAUAUAAAUAAUAAUGUACAAUGUAUAUGAAGUUAAUGUGUACAAUAAAUUACGCUAUUAUUUUAAUUACGAA